AACGCCAAAGUCCACACACACAGUCGCAAAGAGAAAGAGAGAGAGAGAGAGAGAGAUGGGCGAGAGGCUGAGCGGGACGGUGAAGUGGUUCAAUGACCAGAAGGGGUUCGGGUUCAUAACCCCCGAUGACGGAGGGGACGACCUGUUCGUGCACCAGUCCUCGAUCCGCGCCGAGGGCUUCCGUAGCCUGGGCGAGGGGGAGGCCGUGGAGUACCAGAUCGAGUCCGGAUCUGACGGCCGCACCAAGGCUGUCGACGUCACCGGCCCCGGAGGAGCCGACGUGCAGGGAAGCCGUAGCGGAUCUGGCGGUGGUGGAAGAGGUGGGCGUGGCGGCGGCGGCGGAGGGUAUGGAGGAGGUGGGUAUGGUGGUGGUGGUGGGAGAUCUGGUGGGCGAGGAGGAGGCGGUGGUGGAUAUGGUGGCGGUGGGUAUGGCGGUGGUGGGUAUGGAGGCGGCGGUGGUGGGUAUGGAGGUGGUGGCGGUGGGUAUGGAGGUGGUGGCGGUGGGAGUUGUUACAAGUGUGGUGAAAGUGGCCACUUUGCUAGGGAUUGUUAUCAGGGUUCUGGUGGUGGGGGUGCUGGUGGGGGUGCAGGCGGCGGCGGCGGCGGCGGGAAUUGCUAUAACUGUGGGGGAUCUGGACAUUUCGCUAGGGAAUGUCCUAACAGUGCGCGUUGAGCUGUGUGCUGCCAAAAAGUGGUGUUAAUCCUGUUUGGUAAACACAUUUUAUUGCUUUCUCUGGUUUUGUGUUCUGGGUAGGCCUUGUUUAUGGGUCAAACUUGUUAUAAUGUGUUUGGAUUUAGUAGUAUUUGAUUAGUUUCUUAGAUGGUUGUGAUGGGUUGCAGGUUGUUCUUGUUAACUCCUAGUCUUAUGUUUUUUUGUUAUCAGCGAUAUGGUACUGGUAGUGUGUUUUUGGCUGGGACAGAGUAGAGGUCGUGCAAGUGGUAAUCGAGAUUCUCAUUGAAUGUUAACUCUCUCUGAUUGAAGUUUCUAUACACACAUUAUAUGAAUACAAGCUGGUUUUAGUUUC